AUGCGCCCGCUCGAGGAGUCCGAGCUCGAGCAGGUGCUCGCGAAGCUGUUCCAGUUCGUCGGGAAGAACAUCGAGCGGGUGCUGCGGCGCGCGGACGCGCCGCACUCGCUGCGAUUGCACAAGAAGCGGGUGUACUACGUGCGGGACGAGGUGAUGCGGCGGGCGACGAGCGUCGGACGGGAGCAGUUGGUGGCGCUGGGGACGUGCCUGGGGAAGUUUACGCACAGCGAUAAGUUUCGGUUGACGAUCGGGGCGCUGGACGUGCUGGCGGCGCACGCCAAGUAUAAGAUGUGGGUGAAACCGACGAGCGAGAUGGGGUUCAUGUACGGGAAUCACCUGCUGAAGAGCGGGUUGGGGAGGAUAUCGGAGAACACGCCGGCGAACGCGGGGGUGGUGAUUUACUCGAUGGCGGACGUGCCGGUGGGAUUCGGCGUCGCGGCGAAGAGCACGCAGGAUUGUCGUAAAUUAGACCCGAGCGCGAUCGUGGCGUAUCAUCUCGCGGACGUGGGGGAGUACUUGCGCGCGGAAGACACGUUCGUGAGCGGGAAGAAGGAUUGA